GCCCUUUAGUUGUCCCAGCGUCCUUGUAGCGCAUCUCUUCUCGACCAUUGUCGUGGCCACGGAGAAUGUGUGGCAGUCGGAAUAACGGGGAUUGUUGUUGUUCGGUCGCUGGAGACAUUCUCUUUGGCCGGGUAUAAUGCACUUAGGCUGGCUUGGAUAUGGAGCGGCAGGGUGACAGCCGGCGCCUCUCCAACUAUACACAGAUACCAAAAUAGGACAGCGGUGCAAACCUUUAGGGCUAAUUUGAGGUUCACGAGUGCAGGCUACUGAACUGCGGCUCAGACAACAGGACACGAGCGUCCUUCAGCUCCUUUUUCACGGCUCGCGGCGUCCGUUAAUGUCACAUUGAGGCGCCAUGUCAGACGAGGGAAAAGACGACUACAUCUAUGACUUCUGUGACAUCCCCCAUCCCACAUAUUUAUUGGACUCUCUCAAAGACUUCUAUGCCAACGGCUUUUUCACAGACAUCACCCUGCAGUGUGCCACAGGACAGGCCUUUAACUGUCACAAGGUAGCGCUCUCAGCUUGCAGCUCCUAUUUUAAAGUCAUGUUCACAGCGGACUUGAAGGAAAGGUCAAACAACCUUAUCAAGCUGACUGGAAUAGAUUUUGAGGUUUUGGGGGCUUUGGUGAACUACGUCUACACGUCAAGGGUGAGCAUCACCCAGAGCAACGUACAAAGUCUGCUGGAGGCGGCUGACCUUCUGCAGUUCAGCUCUGUCAAACAGGCUUGUGAGGACUUUCUCAUUCGCUUCUUGGACGUGGACAACUGCCUGGGCAUGCACCGUUUCGCCGAGCUGCACGUUUGCCCCGCCCUGGAACGCGAGGCGCGCAGGGUCAUGCUCAGUCGCUUUGAGGAGCUUGUUCAGCAGGAGGAGUUUCUGGAGGUGGAUUGUGAGAAACUCAAAUCGGUGUUGUCGGCUGACAACCUCAACGUGUGGAAGGAUAGUGUGCUUCUGGACGCAGUGGUCAAAUGGGUUACCCAUGACUUGGAUUCCCGUGUGGAUCACAUGCAGGAGCUGCUUCAUUGUAUCCACAUGGACCUUGAUGAGCUGUACUUCAACACAGCUCUGGACGAACAGAGACAAGGCUUACUGGGGAACGAGAGAAAAGUGAGAUCUCUGAUUGUCCACUCCUUGAAGUCCACCUGCAAGGAGACUUCUGCAAACUGCAGAAAACGCUCGUCCAGCAUGUAUGUCAUCGGAGGGUACUACUGGCAUCCUCUGUCUGAGGUCCACAUUUGGGAUCCAAUCAGAAACACAUGGGUGCAGGGCAAGGAUAUGCCGGACCAUACGAGAGAAAGCUACGGUGUCGCCUUACUGGGGGCGAACAUCUACGUGACGGGAGGUUACAGGACGGACAACAUCGAGGCCCUGGACACAGUGUGGAUAUAUGACUGUGAUGGGGACGCCUGGACAGAGGGCUGUCCCAUGCUCGCAGCCAGAUACUACCACUGCUCCGUCACCUUGCAUGGCUGUAUUUAUGCCAUCGGCGGGUACAGAGGGGGGGCACCAAAAGAGGAGACAGAGUUUUAUGAUCCUUUGAAGAGAAAGUGGUUCCCUGUUGCUAAUAUGAUCCAAGGUGUGGGGAAUGCCACAGCUUGUGUAAAAAGUGACACAAUCUAUGUGACUGGAGGCCACUAUGGGUCCAGAGGAAGCUGUACCUAUGAAAAGAUUCAGACCUACAGACCGGACAUUAAUGAGUGGAACAUUCUCACCGCCAGCCCUCACCCAGAGUAUGGGCUCUGCUCGGUGUCUCUCAACAACAAACUGUACCUGGUGGGCGGACAGACGACCAUCACAGACAGCUAUGACUUUGACAGUAACGACUGGAGGCAGAUGUCUGUGAUGAAGGAGAGGAGGAUGGAGUGUGGGGCGGCAGUCAUAAACGGAUGCAUCUACGUGACAGGCGGCUAUUCUUACUCAAAGGGAACUUAUCUGCAAAGCAUAGAAAAGUAUGACCCUGAACUGGACACCUGGGAGAUCGUUGGAAACCUCCCCAGUGCAGCACGAUCACAUGGUUGUGUUUGUGUUUACAGUGUAUAGUGUCAGUCUGUUUUAUUGGUAAGUGCCUUUCCCUGUGCCAAAUUUGUUAACAUGAGCAUGCCUUCUUAGCUAUGUAAGUGUCAUAUAGUUCAAAAGCACAAUUUGGAAGGUAUUUUAAAACGAAUACGAUGUCUGGUGUCGACACAUCUGUGUUUUUGUUCCAAAGUUUAAACAUACUUCCUAAUAUUUGGUAUUAUAUUGCAAAACAAUGACCAUUCGGGAAAACAUUUGGGUCAAUCCUGUUAACCGGUGCCUUUUGGACCUGGUAACUUCUGAAAACGAAAUUAUUUAUUUUUCAUGUUUUUAACAUUUAAUCAGGAAAGAGAUAUGUUUAACUGUUUGGAAAACAUAUUGGCCAAGCUCAUGCACUUAAAUCCUAUAAUUAUGGGCAUUUCGUUCAGACAUGGACCAUUACAUUAUUCCACCCUGUUAAGACAUAUGAAUAACAAUCACAAAGUUUAAAAAAAUGUAAAGGCAUAACAAUAUUUACCUUUUCUUGUCCAUUAUAUGUCCCUUGUUGCAAAUACAUGACAAAUAUUGUAUGCAACUUAUUAUGUUACUACAUUUUCUAACAAUAUUUCCACCCUGUUAGCUGUACACACCUAACAGGGGGGAAUUUUGUUAACUAUGUUAGCCCUAGCUCUGUGAGUGAUCAUGAUCUAGCUAGCAUGAGACCCUACAUGUAUACAGCCUUUUAAUUCUUAUAUAAAACCAUAUUUGAAAUUGUAAAAUGUUAUUUAUUUUCUUAACAAAGUAGCCUAACAGGGUGGAAAUUUAAGGUUGUGACGAACAGGUUGACAUUAUGAAACUUGGAAAAAAGAUGAAUCUGAAAGUUCAUACUAACUUCAGUUGGCCAAGUUGAAUUCCUGACACAGGAAAUGAUAUAAUUUCAUGAACUUUGUGUCAUGGGAAGUGUAGGCUACUUUCUUAAGAGGGAAAAACUACAACCUAACAGGGUGGAACUUUUUUGGGGGGACACAAAGUAAAUCCCCCCAAAUAGGGUUUAAUUUUUUUUAUUUUAUAAAAAAUAUGUCUAAGUAGAAAGAUUUUAACUUGGUCUACAACAUAAUGAGCAAAUAAUUUGAAUAUUUUAUUAUUUAAUGACUGAUAUUUAUUGUAAGAGUUGAUCAUUUGUGAUGGGGACAUGGCAAAACAUGGCAAAAUUAACAUGUGUACAAAAUACAAAAGUGGUUAAAAUACAAACUAAUUGUCUUAAAGACACUUUUUGGUUAUUUAUAUGAUAAGAAAGACCUACACCUAUAAUUAAAGCCUUUUAGAAUAAACAUUUGUAACAUUUUACAGCAAUUAUGAAGUAGGAUUUCCUGGGGACAUUAAAAGGCACCGGUUAACAGGAUUGACCCAUUUUACACGGAUAUCAAAGUACUAAACAACCUUCAACUAAGCAUCGUUUUAUGCAUUGGGAAAAUAGAUUCCGAUUGAGAUCCGUACA